AUGAAAGAACCCCGGAUUUUCCCUAGAGAGCGGCCAACUCCUUGGACUCGUGCUCCACUGCCACCUCGAGGACGGCUUGACAGUUCCCUGGGACCACAGGGGGGUCCUGUUCUAAACACAGGCCACCCACUGGGCAUGAUCUCGGAUUCCCUCCUUAUGACACCUGGUUCUCUUGGUAGAAAUCUGGCUCCAUUUCCAAGGAACCCUUCUCCUUUUCCAGCUUCAUCAGGUUCAUUGGCUUCAAAUCCAGCACCUUUCCCUGCUGGUGCUCGUGACCCAGGCAUGGCUUCUUUCCCAAGGGGAAUGAAUCCCACUAGCACAAGUGCAGUUUCUUUCCCAAGGCCGGGUGGCCUCUUGGGCCCAGGUCCAGGCCCAGCUGUAAACCCUAGAGCAGGGGCUCUUCCAGGCCCAGGGCCUCUGUCUAACCCAAGGUUAGGGGGUCUCCCAGGGCCAGGUCCUGUGCCCAACUCGAGGGCUGGUGGUCUCCUAGGAACAGGUCCUAACUCCAGAAGUGGUGGCCCCAUGGGCCCUGGACCUGCACCCAACCUGAGAACGGGUGUCCUCUUGACUUCUGGAAAUGGUCCUCCCAAUAAUAGGCCUGUUGGCCUAGGCCCUGAACCAAGUCCCAGUCUGAGAUCGGGCUUCAUGGGCACAAACCCUGCCCCAAGGUCCAGUAUGUUUCCAGGCCCCAGCCUUGGGCCCAACCCAAGAACAAGUGACCUAGGCCCAGGCCUUGGGCCCAACCCAAGAGCAAGUGACCUGGGCCCAGGUCUUGGGCUCAACCCAAGAGCAAGUGACCUGGGCCCAGGUCUUGGGCUCAACCCAAGAGUAAGUGACCUGGGCCCAGGCCUUGGGCCCAACCCAAGAGCAAGUGACCUGGGCCCAGGCCUUGGGCCCAACCCAAGAGUAAGUGACCUGGGCCCAGGCCUUGGGCCUAACCCAAGGGCGGGUGGCCUGGGCCCAGGCCCUAAUCUGGAUACCAGAUCAGGUGGUCUCUUGGGCACGGGGUCUGGUCUUAACUUAAGAAUGGCUGGCCCUCAAGGCCUAGAUCUUGCCCCCAUUCUAAGAGCAGCAGGUCUUUUAGGAGCAAAUUCAUCGUCUUUUUCACAGGCUUCUGGAAACUUAGGCACAAGCCCACCUUCCAUGGCAAGAAUACCUGGUCCCAUGGGCCCAAACUCUGGUCCUGGCUCUCGGGGAAUUGGCCUUCCAGGGCCAAAUCCAUCUCCCUUGUCUAGGGCUCCUGGCCCCAUAGGCCCUAAUUCAGCUCAUUUUUCCAGGUCAGCUGGCCCCAUGGGAGUAAAUUCUAAUCCCUUUCCAAGGGGGACAGGUUCAGGGGCACUGAACCCAGCUGCCUUCUCUCAGUCUUCUGGCACAAUGGCUUCAAACCCAACUACCUUCCAGAGGUCUGCUGGUCUCCAGAGCUCAAAUCCAGCAAUUUUCCCAAGAGCCGCUGGGCCUUUAGGACCCAACCCAGCUAACUUCCCAAGAGCCACUGGCUUACAAGGUCCAAGUCCAACUACGUUCCCAAGGUCUACUGGCCCACUUGGCUCUGGUCAGGUUACUUUCCCCAGGUCAGCUCCUGGGCCUCUGGGUUCUUCAGCAGGCCCCGUGGGUAUCAACCCAGCUCCUUUUGCAAGGGCAACAGGGACUCUGGGUCUAAACCCAACUUCCUUUCCAAGGAUGAAUGGCCCUGUAGCCAAGACUUUGGUCCCGUUUCCUAGAGUGGGUAGUCUCCCUGGUACAAACCCAGCUGCUUUCUCCAGACCAGGAGGUCCAAUGGCUGCAAUGUACCCAAAUGGAAUGUUACCCCCUUAAAUAGCAUUUUCUCUCCAGGACCACCUUGGUUUCUAGGCAUUGUGGUUCUGGGCAGAGGCCGUGUUUUAGGCAAAAGGGUAGACAUGGAGCUACAGUCUGAAGUACAUAGCUGGGGCUCAAGUUCAAAUGAGCCAUCUUUUUCAAAUUCUGCUUCUUUCUUGAUUGAAGGUGAAAUGUUAUUUGUGGGACAUGGACUGCAGCAGGUGGAGUGAUCCUAGCCUCGAGAGAAAGGAUCCCUAGCCUUCCAGAAGCCUGCUGUGCUUUUGUCCCACAGCUUUCUGCCCCUUGUUUCUUACUAGUUCCUUGAAUUGUUCUUGUGGACUUUCCUCAGGGA